AUGGAUUCAAAGUCUUGGAAAUUACCCUCUUUCCCAGUUGAAUAUUCUAUGUAUGGUCGAGCUCCUUUUCUUGUCGGGUUCGGGUAUGACCGGGUGAAUGAUGACUACAAAGUGCUGAACAGGAUUAGCUCUACAAGUCUAUUUGAUACAGAUCAAUCAAGAUGGUGUGAUGAAGUCUCUGUUUAUAGUUUGAAGAUGAACACAUGGAGAAGGACGGAGCGUUUUCUGUUUAAGGUGUCUGACAAUGACUGCUAUUGUACUGCAGAUUGUAUCCUUGCUAAUGGUGCAUUACAUUGGUUCAUGAAGGAAAGGAGAUCGAAUGGUGUCAGCUACAUCGUUUCCUUUGAUCUUUGGAGUGAAGAAUUCCGGAAAAUGCCUUGCCCAAGGUAUCCUGAAAAUUAUGUUCACCAGAACCUGAGGGUCUUGAAUGGAUGCCUUUGUCUUGUGCCCUAUUACAAAGUGGAUGGAAGAUAUGCUGCUGAUUUAUGGGUAAUGGAAGAAUAUGGAGUGGACAAAUCUCGGGCCAAGUUAACUUCUGUUACAAUGCCUUUAGGCUCCAAAUUUCGGAGCUUAACACCUCUAGCUCUGUCAAAGAACAAGAGGCAGUUGCUUUUGCAGAUUGAUGGAGAAAAGCUUGCUCUUCAUGAUCUUGAAACAAAUUGUACUACUGAUUUAGCCAUUAGAGGUGAUGCAAUUGAAGGUGGUCUUAUUGAUUAA